CGGUGGUAUGGCGCACGGGGAGAGACGCUCGUUUUGUUGGUCAUUAAUCCUGUCUCUCCUCCUCCUCUCUCUGUCAGCUCACGUGGCCCUGUCAGUAGAAUGCUGGGAGUUUUUCUCCAUGGAAAUCCCACGUUGGAAGUCCAGGAGAGCGAAUCAUCUCUGUCCGCUGUGGAGAGGGCGAUGCUCAGUGGCGAAGACUCAGAACUGGUUGGCUUAGGGUUUGGACUCGGUGCUGAACUUCCCCUCCAGACCACCAAACGUGACUCGUCUCACUGGAGACACCCUUACCUGGACUUUUCUGAAGAAUACGAUCAGCCUGUCAGAGAAGAGCUUCCGGGAGCGGAGAUUCCAGGAAACUCAGAUGACGCCAUCAAGGUGGAGUUCCGUAACUCUGACCAGCCCUUAACCCCGGACCUCUUAUCUGAUUCUGAUUGGUUGACCGCUGUACCUCAGCCCCUGCCACAGCGUGAGGGAAACCCCACAGCCUGGACCAUAUCAGACUUCUACGACUACCUGUCCCCAGAUGAUGAACUCUCCGCCAUCGAAACCACCCUUGACCCCGAACCGACCCUUACCCCCCCUGCGGACAUGGAAGAUGAGAACCCAUCGCUCACCGGAUCCCCUGUCCCGACCUUUACCCUCGGAAACGACAACCCCAAGCCCCCCUCACAGUCUCAAACCCCUCCUCUUCCAUCCCCUCCGCAGGGGUCAGAAGGGUGUGGCCUGGGCUUUGUGAGGUCAGAGGUCGGUGGGGAGUGUGUGUCUCAGUGUGACGCUCAGCCGGACUUCUGCUUCAACAGAGGAGUGUGUACCAUCGCUACGGGGAUAGGAGCAUUCUGCAGGUGUAACAUCCAGGACUAUGUGUGGAAUAAGGGCUCUCGUUGUGAUUGGAUGGUGACAGAUUUCCAGGUGCUAUGUGUCGUCGUGGGCGUGGCCUCUCUGACCCUCAUCCUACUCAUUGUCAUCAUUGUCUUCUUCGCCAAACGCCUUCACCGCCUCAGGAGAGAGAACAGGCGGCUCCGCAAACAUAGUCUUUACCGUCCACACAGCGAGAUGCAGACGGAUGGCUUCUCUGUUUCCACGGCUCAAGGCGUCUCCAAUGCCAAUGUAAGGAAGCUGUGUGCCUCCCCUCUGCCCCCCCCUCAACCCCACGCUCACAACCUGGCUUACUAUGACAACAUUACCUGUCAGGAUGACCCUCAGAAAAAAGAGGAACCUUCGAAAUCCCCACUCACAGGGGACGAGUCCCUGAACAUCACCAACUCGUAUUCGCCAAAACAUGUUAACAACUGCCCCGUCGACUCUGACCAAAUCCCUAACAAUGGCGAGGAGGUAAAUAGAGAGGACGCCAACUCCUCGCCCUCCAACAACCUAUACUAAAUCAUCAUUAAGAUCAGUACAAUAACAGUACCAUGCACACCAGGGCAACAUAAUAACACGCCAUGUGAUAUACUACAGUGGGUAUAAUACUACACCAGGUACUAUACUACAGUGGGUAUAAUACUACACCAUGUACUAUACUACAGUUGGUAUAAUACUACACCAGGUACUAUACCACAGUGGGUAUAAUACUGCACCAGAUACUACAGUGGGUAUAAUACUACACCAGGUACUAUACUACACUGGGUAUAAUACUACACCGGGUACUAUACUACAGUGGGUAUAAUACUACACAAGGUACUAUACCACAGUGGGUAUAAUACUACACCAGGUACUAUACUAAAGUGGGUAUAAUAUUACACUGGGUACUAUAGUACAGUGGGUAUAAUACUACACCAGGUAAUAUAGUACAGUGGGUAUAAUACUACACCAGGUACUAUACUACAGUGGGUAUCAUACUACACCAAGUUGUGUGUUAUUCUGUAUUAUACUAAGGUGGGUAUUUAGUACUACACCAUGUACAACCCUGUUUUUAAAAACAUUGGGACGCUGUGUAAAAUGUAUAGAAAAUCAGAAUGCAAUGAUAUGCAAAUCAUUUAAACCCUAAACACUAGGAAGAACAUAAGAACUGAAAGGUUGUGUAAUGCUAAAAAAAACCUGGUGGAACAUCUCACAACUAGUUAGGUUAAUUGGUCAGUAACAGGAUGAGUCUUUCAGAAGUAAAGAUGGGGAGGGGUUUACCACUCUGUGAAAGACUGCAUGGGCAAAUAGUGCAACAAUUU